GGAAGAGUCACAAAUCAGUCCAAGUUCAUCAUGGGUGCAUCAUCCAAGUUUUCCCUAGUUUGCCUAGUGGGUCUGGCCUUCUGCCUGCCCCAAAUCCUGGCGGCCCAUCCUCGUUCCCACGAGGAAGCCGCAGAGGACAUGUCCCGGUUCAUGAGCGUUCUGCGGCAGGACGAGCUACCCGCUGGUUCCCCACGAUUCAACGAUGUUCUUGGCAAUGCCAGGACAAUAAUCAACUACCAGGCCAGGGGAUUCAACGGAUCUCGUAAUAUCUUCCAGUGGAUGACCAGCCCCAAUGACCGCAACGACGGAGUCUACAAUUUCCUGCAGUUCUACGCCGACGAGUCCAAUGGCUACAUGGGUAUCCAGAACUACGAAAAGAGCUCCAAGUUUACCGUCCUCUUCUCCGUUUGGGAUGCCGAUGGUGCCACCCCAGGUGAAGGUUUUGAGUGCAGCACCUUUGGCGGCGAGGGCAUCGGCUACAAGUGCUUCAAUGGCACCUUCCCACUGAUCAGCAACGCCAUCUAUUACCUGGAUGUCGAAAUCGACGGCUCUGUUUUCAGGGGCUACAUUUCCGAUCCGCAGGAGGAUCUCUCCCACGCCACCGAUUACUACUUGGAAAGGCAUCUGAUUGGAGAGAUCGUCACACCCCACGAAGCUCUGCACAACCUCAUACCCUUCGGCUACUACAAUGAGAACUACCGCGACAAGGACACCUGCAGGGAGGCCUUCGAGCUGGUCACCGUCAACCAGGCACCCCAUCAGUAUGCUUCCGAUGGCCAUGCCGGCACAACCUUCGAAAAGACCUAUUUGUACAACUCGAUUUGUGAGUCUUGGAAUAUCCUGACGGCCAUCACGGAGGACAAGAAGACCAGCAUCUACUUUACCAGGCCAACUGCUUUGGAUUUAUACAACUAAGUCCCCAAAGAAAGUAAUAAAUCCCUAUUAAAACAA